ACUGCAACCCCUUGAGCGCUGCUUGAGCGACGUGCCUCGACGUUUGCUACGCGUCGGAGGCCGUUGAAGAGUCCAGUGAGUGAGUGCACUGCCGCGUGACGCCGGCUCGCCAAGCGCACUCGUAGCGCAAACAAGCAGAGCGAUGGCACGCCGGGUUGUGCUGCUCGCGGCCGGCGCCGUGGCGUUCUCGCCAAGCGCGCCGCUGGCGCAACCCAGAUUAAGGCUAAGCGCCACGGCGACCGACGUCGAGACGGACAAGGAGGAGUCCUGCGUCUCCUUCACCGUGCCGGUCCCGGCCUCGCUCACGAAGGCCGCGUACAAAACAGCCGCCGGCGAGAUGGCGCAAACCAGAAAAAUUCCGGGCUGGCGCCAGAAGGACUGGAAGAAGGUGCCCAUUGGGGUGGUUGCUGGCGCGGUCGGUGCCCAGACUCUGAAGAGCUUGGCCAUCGAGAAGCUCACGGAGACGGAAGUACAUAGCGCGAUCACGGGACUCGGUGUCGAAGUCGUCGGCCAGGCCCAGCUCGUCGGCGACGUCGAGGAGAUCAUGCAGACGUUCACGCCGGGCGAGCCGUGGGACAUGCGCGUGAAGAUCGACAUUUGGCCGGAGGCCGUCUGGUCGCAGCCCUGGGACGACGGGACGUUGGCCGUUGAAGUGGAAAGAGAAGCCAAGGACCAGUCGACGCGAGACAAGGCCCUGGAGGCCCUUCGAGAGAGGUAUUGUGAUAUUGAGGACGCGCCUGCCGACCACGUCGCGCGGGAAGGUGAUGUUGCGAUGGUCGACAUCGAUGGGUAUUUGAGAGAUGAAAACGGGAACCGAGCGGGCGAGUUACCGAUCCAGGGCGCCGUCGGCGGGGACGACCUGGAGUUGAUCCUCGAGCCGGGCAAGUUCUUACCUGGCGUGGUGGAAGCUUUGAUCGGCAAGAAGGCCGGCGAAAAAGUCACGGUGCCCGUGGACUUCCCGGAAUCGCGACAGUAUCGCGAGGAGCAGCCGUUGGCCGGCGUCAAGGCUGGCUUCGACGUCACGAUUAAUGCCGUACGGUUACGGUCCUUGCCGGAACUCAAUGACGCGUUCGCGGGGAAGAUCCGACCUGGGUUGACAUUGGAUGAACUCAAACAGGAGGUCGAGAACACGGUCGGCGGCCAGGAGGAGGACAAGACCACGGAUACGGUUCAUAAGGAGCUCGAGAAGGCUUUAGCUGAAAGGUUGACGUCUCAACUACCGGAAGCUCUCGUAGUAGAGUCGGCCAAGCAGCGCUUCGCCGUCAUGCUCGCGGAGAUGCGCAACAGUGGGACGGACGACGCGGCCCUGAAGCAGAUGAUCUCGCCCGAGGGCUUCCAGAAGUACCUGAAGGUCGUGCGGCCCAAGGUCGUUACUGAGUUACGAGGAAAAUUAGCCGUCGAGUCCAUCGGCCGCUCCAUCGGUGUCCAAGCCGACGAGCAGCAGGUCGAGGAGCAGAUGGAGCUCGUGAAGCGCCAGUACGAGCAGCAGGAGGCCGAUAGUGGGGCCGCGUUCAACGAGGAGAAGGCGCGCGAGAAGGUCACCUACGAACUACAGCGAGUGGCCGUGCUCGACAAGGUCCGAGAUCAGGCGAAGAUCACCUACGUCGACGCGUUGUCGCCGGAGGAGACGGCGCGGAAGAUGGGCAUCGACGUCGACAACCUGCCGCCCGAGGUGCAGCUCGGCUAGGCUCUUUGUUUCCCUCCCCUGGUUUAAAGGAACGCUAGUUU